AAUACAUGGAGGAAUAGCUGUGAUAUCAUUGAAAGAUAAAUUAUUUGUUUAAAAAUAAAACAAGAAUAGCUUCUUUUCCCCUCUAAAUGAGUGGACACAGACUCAACAAGAUCAACAUGUUCCUCUUGAGAUUCAGUGGAAAAGCAAAGGGAGAGUCUUCACCACACGGUUAUUAAUUUCCCACUUUUCUAGGUACACCCUGAUGGUAGAGAAGGAGGUGAGCAUGUUCCAAAAGUAGUGAGUCCUUUCUCAUCAGAACACUAGAGGACCAGAAUGUCUAAGUGCUGCUGUGUCGAGGCCUGAGCGCAUGUCCCAUUGUUUCCAGUGACCUGUAGAGCAGUCUGUCAACCCCUACCUUGCUUUGGGGCCAGCUGGGAGUAGCCAGACAAGAAUUAAACUGGAGGUCAUAGGUGUCUCACACCUAAGGAUGGCAUAGUAAAUCCAACAAUAAGAAAAGAUUUGAAAACUGUACCAAAAUUCUACUGUUGUCCAAUUGAAGGAUGCCCUAGAGGCCCUGACAGACCAUUUUCUCAAUUUUCUCUCGUAAAACAGCACUUUAUGAAAAUGCAUGCUGAAAAGAAGCAUAAAUGUAGUAAGUGCAGCAAUUCUUAUGGCACUAAAUGGGACUUGAAAAGACACGCAGAGGAUUGUGGCAAGACCUUCCAGUGCACGUGUGGCUGUCCCUAUGCCAGUAGAACUGCAUUACAGUCCCACAUUUACCGAACUGGCCAUGAGAUCCCUGCAGAACACAGGGAUCCACCUAGUAAGAAAAGGAAAAUGGAAAACUGCCUGCACAACCAGAAGUUGUCCAGUAAGACCAUUGAAUCGUUGAGCAACCAACCAGCCCCAAGAGCAGACACUCAAGAACUAGAAACUUCAGAAAUAAAGCUAGUCGCUUCCUUUGAAGACUCUUGCAGCUCUAAUUCCAGAAAGCAGACUCUUACAACACCUCCGAGAUAUCCUCAGAAGUUGCUUUUACCAAAGCCCAAAGUGGCUUUGGUUAAACUACCCAUUAUGCAGUUUUCUCCUCUGCCUGUCUUUGUGCCUACAGCCGACUCCUCUGCCCAGCCUGUGGUGCUCAGUGUUGAUCAUCAGGGCUCUGCCCCGGGCGCUGUGCACUUACUGCCCUUGUCAAUAGGAACCCUGAUCCUUGGCCUGGAUUCAGACGCUUGCUCUCUUAAGGAGAGCCUCCCUCUUUCAAAAGUUGUAAAUCCUGUUGCUGUUGAGCCAAUUAGUACAGGUGUUCAAGUGAACUUGGGUAAAAGUUCAUCUGCUCCUUUACAAGAACUAGGGAAUGCAUGUCAAAAGAACAGCAUUUCUUCAAUCAAUGUACAGACAGAUCUGUCUUAUGCCACACAACACUUUAUACCUUCUGCACAGUGGGCUAACCCUGAUUCCUCUGUAUCGUCUUGUUCUCAAACUGAUUUGACGUUUGGUUCUCAAGUUUCCCUUCCCAUUAGUGUUCAUACUCAAACAUUUUUGCCUGAUUCUAAGGUAACCACAUCUAUAGCUGCUCAAACUGAUGCGUUUGUAGAUGCCUGCUUCCAGUCAGGUGGGAUCUCCAGAGAAACUCAAACCAGUGGAAUGCAAAGUCCAACAGAUGACCGAGUACAGAUGGACCAAGCUGUAAUGUGUGGAGCCAUUUUUGAGAGUGUCCAUUCAUCAUACGGUGUUUCUACAGACAGUAUUAUAAGCAGCAGCUUAGUAGCAGAGACUGUACCUCAUGGUUUGUUACCUCAGAACCACCCUAAGACUUUAAAUCAAGAUAUUGAGAAAUCUGCACCAAUUAUAAACUUCAGUGCACAGAACAGUAUGCUUCCUUCACAGAACAUGACAGAUAAUCAGACCCAAACCAUAGAUUUAUUAAGUGAUUUAGAAAACAUCUUGUCAGGUAAUCUGCCUGGUCAGACAUUGGACAAUCGUAGUCUUUUGUCUGACACAAAUACUGGACCUGACAACCAGCUCCCAUCUGGCCCAACCCAGAAUCCUGCAAUUGAUUUUGAUAUUGAAGAGUUCUUUUCGGCCUCAAAUAUCCAGACUCAAACUGAAGAGAGCGAGCUUAGCACCAUGACCACUGAGCCAGUCUUGGAAUCACUGGACAUAGAGACCCAAACUGACUUCUUACUUGCAGACACCUCUGCCCAGUCCUACAGUUGUAGGGGAAAUUCUAACUUCUUAGGCCUUGAAAUGUUUGACACGCAAACGCAGACAGACUUAAACUUCUUUUUAGACAGUAGCCCUCAUCUGCCUCUGGGAAGUAUUCUGAAACACUCCAGCUUUUCCAUGAGUACUGAUUCGUCUGACACAGAGACCCAAACUGAAGGAAUCUCCGCUGCUAAAAACAUACCUGCUCUAGAAAGCAAAGUUCAGUUGAACAGUACAGAAACGCAGACCAUGAAUUCUGGCUUUGAAACCCUGGGGAGCUUGUUCUUUACCAGCAAUGAAACUCAAACAGCAAUGGAUGACUUUCUUCUGGCCGAUUUGGCCUGGAAUACGAUGGAAUCUCAGUUCAGCUCUGUAGAAACCCAGACGUGUGCAGAACCACACACAGUCUCCAACUUCUAAACGUGGAGGCCUUGUGUGGGCUGGCAUUUACGAUUUCCUUCUGGAUUUAGAAAAUGGAGAAUGGGGACAACAGUAUUAACUCUAUUGAAUGUAGUUGAUGAUGCAGUUAUUUCAAUUCUUUGAGCUUCUUUGCCUUUUGUAUUUGUAAACAUGAAAUUUGUGUAUAAAUGUGAGUGUAUUGUAAAGUGUAAGAUGUUGA